AUGCACACCCCAGUAUGGGCAAGUGUUUUUGAUGUGGAGAACCUGGCCAUAAAUCCAACAAAUUGCCCUAAGCGACCAACAGUAAAUCUGGUCAAGCAUGAGGAAGGCGAGGGUGAGGAAGGCGAGGGUGAGGAAGGUAAGUUCCUUACCUUUGAAGAAGAAAUGGUGACUGAAGGAGACAAUGGCGAGUUGUUGUCCCACUCUUUAGUCGUAAGGAGGUUGAUGUUCACGCUAAAGAAAGAGGAGCACCCGCAGCGUCAUAAUGUGUUCCGUACACGUUACACUAUCAACCAUAAGGUAUGUGACAUUAUUAUUGAUAGCGGCAGUAGUGAGAAUAUUGUUUCCUUGACAAUGGUUCGAAAAUUGGGGCUUAAAACAAAGAAACAUCUCCAUCCAUACAAAAUUGGAUGGAUCAAGAAAGGCUCAGAAACGCGAGUAAUUGAAACCUGCACCGUUCCAUUCUCAAUUGGGAAAACAUAUGCAGAAGAGGUGCGUUGUGAUGUAGUUGACAUGGAUGCAUGCCAUAUGAUAUUGGGCAGACCAUGGCAAUUUGAUGUCGAUGCCACUCACCGUGGUAGAGACAAUGUGUAUAUUCUAUACAAGAAUGGUCAGAAGAUUGUUUUGGGUCCGAUGAAAGAGGCCGAAUUUCCCAAAGGAAAUUCAGUUAUGUUGAUCAAUAGUGAGGAAUUUAUGGGUGAAGUAACAACUGCCCCUGAAAUCUUUGUUGUUAUGUGCAAGGGGGAAGUAGUUAAACAACCUCCUUUUAUAGUACCAGCAAUAGUGCAGCCAUUACUGCAGAAGUUUAGUGAGUUGGUGCCGGAAGACUGACCUGAUAGUCUUCCUCCUAAGAGGGACAUUCAGCACCACAUUGACUUGGUGCCCGGGGCGAGCCUGCCAAAUCUACCACAUUACCAAAUGAAUCCCAAUGAGAGUCAAAUCUUACAAGAGCAAGUGGAAGAGUUAUUACGGAAAGGGUUGAUUCAGGAAAGCAUGAGCCCAUGUGCUGUUCCGGCAUUGCUAGUACCGAAGAAAGAUGGCAGUUGGAGAAUGUGCGUUGAUAGUCGCACAAUUAACAGAAUCACUGCCAAGUACAGAUUUCCCAUUCCACGGUUGGAUGAUAUGCUGGAUAUGUUAGCGGGAUCAAAAGUCUUCACCAAAGUGGACCUCAAGAGUGGAUACCAUCAGAUCAAAAUCCACCCUGGGGAUGAGUGGAAAACAUCGUUCAAAACAAAAGGAUUGUAUGAGUCGUUAGUCAUGCCAUUCGGAUUAUCCAACGCGCCAAGUACUUUCAUGCGGUUGAUGAAUCAGGUACUCAAACCAUUUAUUGGUCGAUUUGUAGUUGUUUAUUUCGACGAUAUUUUGGUUUACAGUCAAACAGAGGCAGAACACCUUUUGCACUUGAGAGAGGUAUUAACAGCUUUGCAGAAGAAUAAACUGUUCAUUAAUCUGAAGAAGUGUAGCUUCGUGACCCCAAGCCUAGUAUUCCUCGGCUAUGUGGUUUGUAGUGAUGGCAUUCGGGUAGAUGAGGAGAAGGUGAGGGCCAUUCAGGAGUGGCCUACGCCGAAGAAUGUGGGAGAAGUACGCAGUUUCCAUGGCUUAGCCACGUUCUACCGAAGGUUCAUCAAGAACUUCAAUAGUAUUAUGGCUCCCAUCACAGAAUGCAUGAAGAAAGGAAAAUUCCAAUGGGGAGGGGAAGCUGAGAUAAGUUUUGCCUUAAUCAAGGAAAAACUGUCAACAGCCCCAAUCUUAGUCCUUCCAGAUUUUGAGAAGCUAUUUUAGGUAGAUUGUGAUGCCUCAAUAGUGGGAAUCAGAACAGUUUUAUCACAAGAAGGAAGGCCAGUAGCAUUUUACAGUGAGAAGCUGAGUGAAGCACGCAAGAAGUGGACUACCUAUG